AUGGCCCCCAAGAGUAAAAAGAAACGUAACAGCAAGGAUUCGACAUCCAGCAAUGCUGGCAGUGGUGAGGGAGAAGAUAAGAAAAAAAAGGAUGGCGGCGGGGGAGGAAGCAAGAAAAAAGGCGGUGUCGGAAAAUCUAUAGGAUGUGAUAUUUUCAAUGAUGCAGCCAUGGAGAAUGCUUACUAUGUGUGCCAUAAUGUGCAAGAUGUCUUAAAAUCUCGAGGUUUUCCAUGGCCAGAUGGGCAAAAAAAAAGAAGAAGAAGGGCAAACGUUGAUUUUGUAUUUUUAUGUUAA